AUGCCCCGUGCCGAGGCCGGAAGCACCAAAGCGAUCAGCAACAAGCUCAAAGCCAAAGGCUUAGGCAGAUUGCGAUGGUACUGCCAGGCUUGCCAGCGCCAGAUGCGCGAUGAAAACGGAUUCAAAUGUCAUGUACAGAGUGAAAGCCAUGUACGACAGAUGCUGCUCAUCGGCGAAGAUCCCAAGAAGCAUAUCGAGGAAUUCAGCAGAGAGUUCAUGAACAACUUUAUCAAUUUGCUCAAGACUACGCACGGCGAGAAGAAGGUUCACGUUAACCAAUUCUAUCAGCAAGUCAUUGCCGAUAAGGAGCACAUUCAUAUGAACGCCACCAAAUGGAAGAGUCUUACACAGUUUGCGGCCCACCUUGGUCGGGAGGGUAUUUGCCGUGUCGAGGAAACCGAGAAAGGCCUGUUUGUUUCCUACAUCGAUCGGAGUCCGGAAACGAUGCGACGACGGGAGGCGAUCCUCAAGAAAGAGCGGCAAGACAGGGGAGACGAGGAGCGGGAGCAGCAGCAGAUUCAGGAACAGAUCGAACGAGCUCGGCGGAACGCGGAGAAGCAGGAUGAGAUCGAUCCCGAGGCGCGAACUCUGCAGCGCAAGGAGGGCGAGAAGGUGAAGCUCAAUAUCGGUUUUGGGUCGAAAACAAAUGGAGAGUCGAAGUCAGUGGCGUCGAGGACGCAGUCGCCAGAGGAGAAAGACAGGGGCACCUCUUCAGCGACACCAGACACAAGUGCGGUUGAGUCUCCUGCGCCUCCGGUGGAAGUUGCAUCACAACCCGCGGCGCCGAAGCUCUCCAUGUCGUUCAACAAUAAUAAGCCGAAGAAUGUUUUCGCAGCCGUGGCGAAGAAGAACCCUCUUGCAGGAAAGAAAGGGCCGGUGGUGGAACAACCUAAGAAGAUGACCGAGCAGGAGCGCAUCAUGAAGGAGGAGAUGGAAGCGAUGGAGCGCAAGCGUUUGCGAGCAGGUUCGGGCUUUCCGAAUGCCAAGCGUCCGAAGAUCUCCUAA